GCUUUUUUCCUGCUUGAAAAUAUAUAUAAUAAUAAUAGCCUAAACAAAAUAAAGCUUUUAACCAUUAACCCAAUAACCGAAAACCACACAGAAAUAACUAAAUAAAAACCCCAAUAAGCACAACCUCUCCACUUUCCUUUACGAAAAUCAAGAUAUCUAAGAAAAAGUGUAGCAUACUUUUGUGCCGCGUUGAAAAGGAAAAAAAAAAACGCCCACAAGGCCAGAGCGAGAUCUUAAACUAGAGAAAAUAACAAGGACUAAAAACCUAAAAACCACAAGAAAAUAUCAACUAAAAUUAUACAAAGAAUAAUCACACGCACCAAGUGAAAAACUAUCUGAAAAGCAAAGAAACGGAAAAAGGCCCGAAAAACAACGAAAAUAAAGGACAAACAAAGGGAUAAGAAGCCUCCAGAGGAGGAGAAAAGGCAAAAGGCAGCAGCAUCAGCAAGAACAUUCUGCUGCAUAAAUAAUACACUUGCCACACAAACGCGUAUACGCCAUAUAGGCCAGGACAUACCAGCAGGAUAUAUCACACACACACACACGCAUACGACGGGCAGGACAUGCUCCUGUUCUAUUAUUUAACUGCUUUCAACGUCAGCACGCCUUUCAACCCGACGAAAGUCGAUUGAAAGCCGCCUUCAACGGCCCAGCAUCCCUUGCUCCUUCGCACAGCGACACACAGAGAGAGAGAGAGUCAAAGAGAGAAAGGUCCUUUGUGGGCGAGCGUGUGUGUGUGUGUGAGACAGCAGGAGCAACGACGUCAACGUCAAUCCGCUCAAUAUUUAUACAUUGAACCGAGUCGAGCCUGGCCCACGAGCAGGACUCCUGACCGGAUUCACAACGCAGACGCUCCUGGUCCUUCGCUGGGGCCCAAAAUAAAUAACAUCUGACAGCUGCCCGAAUCCUGAAAGCACUUAAAGGGCCGUCACAAAAAAAAGUAAAAGAAAAACGACAAAGGGGGGAACACGAGAAAAAGAGAAAACGCGAAUAGCGAUACAAUUUCCAUAGGAAAACAUCAACCAAACUGAACGCAAUCUUAAGCACUCACAAACAAAACAAUGGGCGCCAAGGAAAGUGUCGAGGCAGCCGCCAAAAUGAACGCCGAUGGCUGGGGCCAUGUGGAGCGCGGAAGUCGCUACCACGGCCAUCGGCACAAUCAGCGAUCGCAGUCGCUGAACCGCGGACAGGCGCUCUCGCAGGCGGACGUGAGCGGUAUGUGGUGACAUCGGGGUGCCUCUG